GGGCCUCAUUUAUAAAACAUUGCGUAGGAUCCACACUAAAAGUUUGACUACGCCGAAAACCUGAAAUAGGCGUACGCCAAAAAAUAUCCUGAUUUAUAAAACCGUGCGUACGCACAACUGCACGCAAUUUCCCAUUUAUAAAUCACACUCCAGCUGGAAGAUUGCGUAGGUGGAUCCACCUCACAUCCCGCCCACGACACACCCACAUUUUACCAUGAAUGGUCAAUGCAAAGUAACUCACGAAUGUAUUUCCAUAUAAACAAGCUGCUGAUCCACGGCAUUUUACGCUCAGUCAUGGCAGAAAAAAGAAAAAGAAAAUUUUCGGAGACCGAGAUGGAGGUGCUUGUGGAUGAGAUGGAGGCCAGGAAGAGUAUCUUGUUUGGUGGUCAUAGUAGUGGCAUCACUAACAAAAGAAAAGGCACUGAGUGGCAGCACGUUGUCACCUCUGUCAACAGUGUGAGUGCCACAGAGAGAACUGUGGCAGAGGUGAAAAAGAAGUGGUCUGAUUUGAAGGUGGAGACCAAGAAGAGAGUGACAUGCUAUCACCAAAGCGUGUCUGCUACAGGUGGAGGUAGAGGCAAACCCGAGCCCACACCGCUGGACAGCAGGAUAGCAUCCAUGCUCGGGACGGCCAGCGGGUGUGGAAUCAUGUCAGAGAAGGAAGGAGACACCGAUUUGGCAGAGCCCACAGAGGAGACCGAGUUGGAAACGCUGGCUGACGAGGAGGUUCUGACCACAGCGUGUCCUGUCAGCGUGGAUGAAGCCUGGCUGUCCCCAGUACAUCCCGAGACCAUGGCACACCUAGAAGUGGUCGGAUCCUGACAGACAGAGUCCUACAAUCACAAAGGGACACCAUCGGUGCCAUAAAUGAAAUACGGGAUGAGCUCCAGCAAAUACAGUAAUGAACAACGUGUGAGGUCCUGUCUGACA